GCAGUAAACCACCGCACGCAUUGCAUCCAUACCUACGCACGUGCUGCCGCUUUUUGAUAUUAUAAAUUUUGAAUAAACAUUUGCAAUAUUUGCCUACUAUAUUUGCAUUCAUAUUAAAUAAAUAAUAAGUAAAGGUUUCAAAAAGAUUCCCGAUAUACCUUCAAUCGCAUAUUUAAAGAUUAAUGAAAUAAUGCGUGUAUCAUUUAUUUUGCGCACACUCAAAAAAUACAGCAUGUAUAAUUGAAAAUCGAAAUUUAGAUCGAAUUCGUAGGUUAUGUUUGAAUUUAAAAUUGAUAAUAGACUUGGUAUAGAGAACCGGCGUUUUCAUUUGUUGGACGAUCGCAACAAUAAAAAGUACUUAUUAUGAUAGUAAAAGUAAUUAUUAUGCGAAACUUCGUCAAUAAAGAAAAAAUGGAUUUAUCAAUUUAAAUUGUUAUCAUCAAGAUAAUAAGAAAAAUGUUGCUAAAACGUGUUCUACCAUUGGAAGGUUUACUUUCAAAAAAAGUUUACAAAACUCAAAGAGCUAGAUUUUAUCACAAUUUAGCUGAAGAUGUGUCUACAGUUACAACUCUUGAAAUCAAGCGUUUAUUAAAAUCUGCAAGUGUUAAUGUUUUAGAAGGCCAUGCGUGUCUUGUAACAAAUUAUGCUUUAUGUGAAGAUGCUAAAAAACAAAACUGCAAAUUAUACAUAAAUAAAAUGACAGGUUUCUUUAUGUGUGGAAAUUGUAAUCGUGUUGGACCUUGGACAACUUUAGAAAGAAUUGUUGAACCUAAAAAAACAAAGAAAAAAUCUGAAGAAAUAAUAUUUCUUCGAAAGGCGAUAGAUAUUUUACCUGAUUAUAGUAAACAGUGGAAUGAAUUAAGAUUAUCAAGUGAAUUGAUAGAAAAUUUAUCACCUGAUGCUUAUAAAAAUGUUGUUGAAAAGUUUAAUCUUCAGCAUAUACCUCAAGAAAUUAUGUCUCAAAUGAAUUUACUUUAUAACGAAUCAACACAGUCUUUAUAUUUUCCAAUACUCACAUUUCGUGGUUUAAUUGUUGGGUAUAAAUCUUUAUCUGCUGAUUCUAGCUUAACAAAAACUAUUCCUGCAACAAAUACUAGCGGAGUUAUAAUAUACAAACAAAAAAAUCUUAAAUCAGAUGGCACAGCUGUCCUUGUGCCAAAUGUAGAAGAUUUAUUAGCUGUUGCUUCAAAAAAAGCUGCAAAUUUGAUAAUCUGUCUUCCAUAUGGAUUACAAAAUAUACCUCAGCAAAUACUGCCAAAUUUAGAAUCUUAUAAAAAACUGAUUUUAUGGUUUGGUAAUGACGAACCAAGUUGGGAUAGUGCAAGGCAUUUUGCAAAAAAACUUGAUGAAAAAAGAUGUCAUUUCGUAAGGCCAACAGAUUAUCAGCCUCAGCCAAAAAUUGCAGCACAUUUGGGAUAUGAUCUGAAAGAAAUCAUUCAAAAUGCAACACCGAUUUGGCAUAAAAGUAUAACUACUUUUCAAAGUUUAAGACAAGAUGUUUUGAGUGACUUACAAAAUAUAGAUAAAGUACAAGGUAUAAAAUGGUCAAGAUAUCCAACAUUGAACAAAAUUUUAAAAGGCCACAGAAGAGGAGAAUUCACAGUUUUAACAGGACCAACAGGCUGUGGUAAAACAACAUUGAUGAGCGAGUACUCAUUAGAUUUGGCAUUGCAAGGUGUGAAUACAUUGUGGGGUAGCUUUGAAAUAAGAAAUGCUAGAUUAGCAAAAACUAUGCUACAGCAAAUGGCUGGUGUACCUUUAGAAGAGAAUUUAAAUAAAUUUGAGUCUUAUGCGGAUGAGUUUCAAAAAUUACCAAUUUAUUUCAUGACAUUUCAUGGUCAACAAAAUAUCACGGAUGUUAUGGAGGCAGUGGAACAUGCUACAUAUGUGCAUGACAUUGCUCAUGUGAUUAUUGAUAAUGUACAAUUUAUGAUGGGAAUGUCAGAUGAAUCAAAAUUUGUAGACAGAUUCUGGAAACAAGACAAAAUAAUUGGAUCUUUUAGAACAUUUGCAACAAAAUUUAAUUGCCAUGUUACAUUAGUGAUUCAUCCCAGAAAAGAAAGAGAAGAUGGGGAAUUGACAACAGCUUCAAUUUUUGGAGGAGCAAAGGCAAGUCAAGAGGCUGAUAAUGUUUUAAUUAUCCAAGACAAGAGGCUAUCGAGUAUUCGGGGGAAAAAAUAUUUACAAAUAGCCAAAAAUCGAUAUUGUGGUGAUUUAGGAAUGAUGGUUCUUGAGUUUGAUAAAUCUAGUCUAAGCUAUGCUGAGAAAAAGAAGCGCAAACCCGAUAAUACAGAUGAUCAUGAGGUUACAUUUGUUGGAUACUCAUGAAUUUUUCUACAUUCUUAUAAAGAUCACCUUUUAUACAUAGCAAAAUGUUACAAUAAUUUUAUACAAAAACAAAAACAAAAAAGAUGAAAUGCAUAAUUUGAGAUCAUAAAAUCCAUCAAAUAGUGUGCCUUCUAACAAGGAAAAUUGUUAUCUUUUUUUAUGCUUUUCUAAAAAAAAAUUGUUUUGAAUAAAAAUAUUUUUUAUAGUAAUAAAUAA